CCACCCUCUCGUUCUGCUGCGAGUGGUGAAAACAUAAUAAAUGUAAAAACAGUCGAACUCAAGGAAGUGAUUCUACAUCUCGUAAAUAAAAUAAAUCACAACCGCACGUCAAUCCAGCGAAUGCUAUUACAUGCCGACCAACUCUAAGGUUCCAGACAUUUGAUGGAUUUUAACAGUAUUCUCCCGGAAGAGGAGGUUCAAUACAUAAUGAAGGGGGAGAAGAGACGCGGAUGAACAAGGGUUAGCAGUAGCAGGCGAGCGAGGAUCCUUUUCAGAAGACAAAAGGUACGGACACAGUUGGGAGUUUCUGGAAGCACUGCGAGUAAAUAGAUCCCAAGAGAUUCGCUUUAAAACACUGCGAAAUGCUUUUCUCUUCAUUUUAUUAGACUAUAUAUAUAUAUGUGUGUGUAUUUUCGGCGGUCGAGAAGCAUAACAACCAUAAUAUGACGAUGCCCUAAAUUAAUAAUGACAGUCAAUGUUUAUGACAAGCUAACCAGACAGGUAUGUUCUUGGUGAAUUGAGACUGAAUAUUUAGCACAAAGGAAAUGAAAUUAAUUCGAUCUUUGCGUUAAUUUCAGACUUUGAACUCAAGUAACGAAGACUGUCAAACGUAACUCCUAUGACUCAACGCACAAACCGCGGAGACUGAUAACCUUUUCCCAAAAAAAUUCACGGUGUGUAUAGUUGAGGACUACACCUGUUGAUGGAACAGUCCAACACAGAUUUAUAUACGCUGUAGAUUCUACUUUCAGCACCACGGACAGUGACAAAAUGACACGUCUACGCAAGAAAGCUUUCAUUGCACUUUUCUUAUUCACCCUUUUCAUCUUCGGGACUAUGAUGGGCCUCAGGACACUGAAACCCAGCGAUGGCUUCUCAGACUUGGCUCCUGGGAUGCCAGAGUUUGUGGGGGAGAGAGGAGGCGACCGGCGACGGCCAGUCUCAAACGACAUGGUUGUUUCCCCCGGUCAAUCGCAUUUAGCCAGCGACACCAAAGUCGUCUUUACAAAAUCCGACAGUGAUUACAGUAUAUUCUACGACGUACACAUAUUCUACUACUUGUGGUACGGCACCCCACAGAUGGAUGGUAAAUAUAUUCACUGGGACCACGUUCUCGUACCGCACUGGGACCCUAAGAUCGCUGCUAGCCACGCCAAAGGAAGACACACUCCACCGGAGGAUAUAGCCUCAAGUUUCUACCCGGAGCUAGGCCCGUACAGCUCAAGAGACCCCACCGUACUGGAGUCACACAUGUCGCAGAUCGAAGCAGCUGCAGCAGGGGUGCUGGUGCUGUCGUGGUACCCACCUGGCGUUGCUGACAACCAUGGUGAGCCUUGUGAAGACCUAGUGCCUGCUGUAAUGGACGCUGCCCACAGACACAGCAUCAAGGUGGCGUUUCACAUUCAGCCUUACAAGGGACGGACCGACCUCAGCAUGCAUGACAACAUCAAGUACAUAAUUGAUAGGUAUGGGAACCACGGUGCCUUCUACCGCUUCAAGUCCACCACGGGGCGGAUCCUUCCACUGUUCUAUGUCUACGACUCCUACCUGACACCGCCUGAGGCUUGGGCCGAACUGCUCCACCCUGCCGGUGCCCACACCCUCCGCGGCACGCCCUACGAUGGCAUCUUUCUCGCUCUGCUUGUCGAGGAACGCCACAAACACGACAUCUUGGCUGGUGGCUUUGACGGCAUGUAUACUUACUUCGCCUCCAAUGGCUUCUCCUUCGGCUCCUCUCACCAGAACUGGAAGGCGGUGAAAGCGUUCUGCGACGGAAACAACCUGCUGUUUGUGCCCAGCGCCGGGCCGGGAUACGUUGACACCGCGGUGAGGCCUUGGAACAACCACAACACGAGGAACAGGGUCAACGGACGCUACUACGAGACCAGCCUGCAGGCGGCGCUGUCAGUGCGGCCGGAAAUUGUGACAAUCACUUCUUUCAACGAAUGGCACGAGGGGACGCAGAUCGAGAAGGCGGUGCCGAAGAAGACAGUGACAAGGCUGUAUCUAAACUACCAGCCGCACCGUUCAGAUCUGUACCUGGAACUCACCAGGAAGUGGGCGGAACACUUCAACAAGGAGAAAGACAAGUGGCUCAUGUAGAGGACCGAACUGGGUUGACAGGAAUAACGCUUACUGGAGAAACUUUGACUAAAGAGCUCUUCACACUCCUGAGCUUAGUCAAACGGAGGCGAAUUAAAUCAAGCUGUACUCAACUGGCUUGGUUAGUGGUUACAUACCCAACAAAGUUGCUGAAACAUUGCUGAAAACAACAAUGUGGAAAGAAAAUAGCCGAGCCAGCUAGUUUGGCUUGGAAUGGCACAGUAGUAUGAAAGGUAGUAGAGGCGUCACGACGGGAUAUUCUGAGGUGAUGUGCUAGCACUGUUGUCUGCCUUUUAAUUGGAACUGACACUCCUCACGCAGUUGAGUAUUAGAAACAAUUCCAUCUGGUCUAUAACAUGACAAAACUGAGGUAACACUAAAGCCUGUGGCUUAAACCUGUCCAAAUUAUUUGAGCUACACAAGUGUACAGGGGGAGGGGGCUUUUGGUUCAUUUGGCAUUUAGGGGUACAUUCUGGAUUGAACUGGUCUGUGUUCACCCACUCUUGUGAAUUAAACAUUCUAGCCUUU